AUGAGCACACUUUAUUCAUUUCGAUACAAAUUUGCCAACUUCUUUAUUUCACCGCUAUUGAGCAAGGAUAGCACUGAUCGAGAGAUCAAUGCAGUUCAUAGUGAGUUCGAACUUGCAUAUGCUAAGGAUUCUUCACGAUUACAUCAUUUGAUUGGUCAUCUGUCUUGUAAAGACUCACCUUACCAACUUUUUGGUUAUGGUAAUCGAAAAUCAUUGCAUGAUAUUCCAGAACAAAAUGGCACAGAUAUUUACUCACUUUUAAGUAAGCAUAGGAAAACUAUUUAUUCUGCGGAUCGUAUGACGCUUGCUGUACAAUCUAAACACUGUUUGGAUGAUUUGGAGGCAUUAGUACGUAAAAUUUUCUGUGAUAUACCAAAGAGUGGAGUACCUGCUCCGAAUUUCCGGUCAACAAAAAGCUUUGACGUUGAUUCUUUUGCCAGACUGUAUAAAGUUUGUCCUUUGGGUAUAAAAGAAAAACUGCGUAUUAUUUGGAUUCUACCGUCUCAACUUGAUCACUAUGAAUCAUCACCAAUGGAGGUGUUAUCUUCUCUUAUUGGUCAUGAGGGUAGAGGAAGUAUAUUGGCUCUACUUAAAGAAGAGAAUCUUGCUGUUUCUCUAGGAGCGGGUGUUAGCUGUACAUCAGAUUUUGAUAACUCUAGCCUAUGUGCAAUUUUUAUGGUGAACAUUCAGCUCACUGAUUUUGGUCGUGAUCACGUUUUCCGGGUUUGUGGAAUAUUAUUUGAUUAUAUAAAGAUUCUUCUGCAUUCCGCCAUGUCUUCAUCUGUGUUAAACGGUCCUCUGGAAAACAGUGCUGAUUUGGUUAAUGGACAAUUUAAUGAUAAUAAUAAUCUCUCUGAUAAGCAUACAUUUUCCACCUAUCUACCAGAAUAUCAGUUAACUAAAGAGGCGAAUUUUCUAUAUACAGAACCUGAUGAGGCUGAAGAUACUGUUGUCAGUCUUGCCAAUAUGUUACAUCUUGUUAAGCGUGAGCAUAUUUACUCUGGAUAUAGACUAUUGAAAAAGCCUAAUAUGCAAUUGUACAUUGACUUGCUUAAACUUAUGACACCGGAGAGAGCUGCUAUUUUCUAUCUAUCUUCUUCAUUUGCAUCAUCAGUUGAUGAGUCAAAAUUAGAUCAUGAACCAUGGUUCAAUGUAGCCUAUCAAAAAGAAGAGAUUCCUGAAGCAAUUAUGAAUGGUUGGAAAACUUCGAAACCUUGUGAAAAAUUGCAUCUUCCUUACAAAAAUAAUUUUCUCACUACAGAUUUUAGUCUGUUGGACUCGACAAAUGAUAUGAAGCAACCGAAAGAUUUAAACUUGGAACCCGGUGCUGAAUCACGUUUGCAGUAUGGUCAUUUAUGGUUUCAACAGAGCACACGCUUCAAAUGUCCUAAAGCCUCUGUAAUGAUUCAUCUAUGGUCUGAUGUGGUUUCGCGAACAAAAGAAAACUUAGCACUGCAUACAAUUAUGGUCUACGGUUUGAAUCAGUCUUUAAGCACAGUCACUUAUGAAGCUGGUGAAGCAGAUUUGCAGCAAGAUGUAGCAUUCCGAGACAAUGGUUUACGUAUUUGCGUUAGCGGUUUCAGUGAAAAACUGUUUUGUUUCUAUUCAACAAUACUUGAUCAUAUUAUGGAUCAAACUAAUGACUUAUCCAAGGAAUAUUUCGAAUCAUAUCGUGAUGCUGUACGUCAACUCUAUUACAAUGAAGCGCUUAAACCGAAUGUGCUUAAUACUCAUCUUCAAUUUUAUCUUCUGCGUAGAGAGGCAUACUUGAUUACAGACUUGUUGAGUACAUUAAAAGAUUUAUCUGUGGCCAACUUGGCAGCAUACAAACAACAAUUUUUCUCGAAUCUUCACAUUACUAUAUAUGCUUAUGGAAAUAUAAAAACACAUGAUGCUGUUGAUUUCUUUGAUUAUACAGUGAAAAAAAUUAAUCCUUUGCCUAUACGUAAUCGAAAAUUGACCGACACUUCUAUCUUGGACCCGGCAACAUAUCAUAUACGUGUAAUGACUUGUAAUCCCAGCGAUGUGAAUAUGUGUCUCGCUAGAAUACACUUACUUGGCGAGUCAGAUAUCAAACGUCAGUGUUACAAUAAACUGUUGGCUUUCAUACUAUCUGAACCAGCCUUUGAUUACUUGCGUACUAAAGAAACAUUGGGAUAUACUAUUUACCUACGCUAUUGGCGAUCAUCUCCUGGUGGUACAUCACACUCUGGUAUUAGCCUAGUUGCAUAUAGUCCUGCUAAUCAAUAUUCAAUUAAUUAUGUUGCUGGUCGAUUGACUGCUUUCUGGCGUCGAAUUGCUCCAAGAAUUAUUGCUGCUAUGCCAGCAGAGAAUUUUAAAACUUCAGUGGAAUCACUCAUAUCAAUCCAUCAACUCGAAGAUCCUAAUAUGAUGACAGAAUUUGAAAGGAAUUGGGAUGAAAUUAUGGAAAGUACAGCGAAUUUUAAUUAUCGAGAAGACUGCAUUAAAAUUCUGUCAACUAUUACUCAAGAAAGUUUGUUAAGUUUCUUUUUAACGGAAUAUUUGGAUACGAAAAAACAACGUUCACUGUUUGUUCAAGUGGAUGCCACAGCUACUCCAGAAAUGAAUAAUAAUUCCCUAUCAACAUCCUAUCUCUUAAAUCUCAAUCUAAUCAACUGUGAUACUAAAACUUGUGAAGAAGAGUAUUCAAGUUAUAACAGCGUCAAUGUGAUCAAUGCUCUUAGCACAUGUGGUUAUAAUGAUAAAUGUGUGGAUGAAUUCCUUAACAGGCAUAACAAUAGUCACAAACUGAAUAAAAGUCUAUUUGAACAAGAAGAGCACAUUGUAUACAUUAACAAUUUGUUCAAAUUUCGUUCAAAUCUUCAAUAUCAAACUGGUCGAAGUGUUUAAAAACCUGGGAUGUUCACGUGUAUGCAUUGGAAUUUCGGUUUCUAUUCAGUCCUGGAUGCCUCGAUAAAGUGUAGAACUACUACUCUCCCCCCCCUUUCUCUCUCUCCCUCUGUGUGUGUGUGUGUGUGUUUGGAACUCAACAGAAUCAGCGAAUUUUACUAACUUCCUUUUAAAA